UGUCCCGUGUCAGUUAUCAGCGCACGCGGGGACCUCAACAGCAACAUGGCGACUGAGUUCCACAACCUACAGGAGUUGAGGCACAGUGCGUCCCUGGCCAAUAAAGUCUUCAUCCAGAGAGACUACACUGAGGGAACCACCUGCAAGUUCCAGUCAAAGUUCCCCUCGGAGCUGGAGAGCAGGAUUGAGAGAACUCUAUUUGAGGACACCGUCAAGACCCUCAAUAACUACUACGCAGAAGCAGAAAAGAUUGGAGGCCAGUCCUACCUGGAAGGCUGUCUGGCCUGCGUCACAGCAUAUCUUAUCUUCCUCUGCAUGGAGACGCGCUACGAGAAGGUGUUGAAGAAGAUUGGGAAGUACAUUCAGGAGCAGAAUGAAAAGAUCUAUGCUCCCAGGGGUCUGCUCAUUACUGAUCCCAUAGAGAGGGGAAUGCGUGUCAUUGAGAUUUCCAUCUAUGAAGACAGGGGGUCCAGCGGCUGCAGCUCGGGGAGCAGCUCUGUGUCCAGCAGCACAGCUCGAUGACCGGGUACCCCUGGCAAGACAAUGCCCCCCCCCCCCCCCGAUCACUCGCAACCCUUGAGAACAACUUUGGACAUUUGAACCGCUCCGACCCCUGUGUUCAUUGCUCUCGUGAAAGGAUCCACAAGAUGUUACCUAAGAACGGCCUGUUACUCCUCAGCUGUAUUACAUUAUUUAUCAGGCAUUGUGAACAUGUAAAAUAUGCACUUCAGUCAUUUAUUGCAACGCACCCGAUGAACAAAAACAUUUUGCGGGUAUUUCUUGGUGUGACUGGACCAUUGGUGAUGUGUCUGUCAUCUGGUAGGCAGGAUGCUUUUGAGUAGAUGCGUUCAUCCCGCAAUCCUUUUACCUCAACCAAAUCGGACCUACCAGGAAGUAGGCUUACACUUACUAGCACUAACCAGGCACACCAACACUAGCUUUUAAAUAUUAUAUAUGUAGCUUUGGCAUUGUUCAAUGAUAUAGGUGUUUGUAUAAAUAUUACAGAAGGGCAUGAGUCACCUACCUUAACCCAGAUCUUGACACUAUAGAUCAAAAUCAAGUCCAGAUCAAGACACCGCAUCAUAUUGUUUUGUAGCAGGUGAAUGUAGUGUAGCAAGUCUUCCAUUUUCCACACACAAAGCGUAGGUAUAUUUUACUAAAUGUUUAAAAACAAAAUUUUUCUGAUCGAUACCAACUCUUCCAAAAUUUGAUGUAUGCAAGGACGUAGCAAAGAUGAGCAUGUGAGACAAAGUACUCGUCAAAUCGUCUUCCUGAAUCUUCAAAGUAUUGAAUUCCACAUUCAGAAUGCACAAGUUAUCUGACCAAACCCCCAAAGACAAAUAUUUGCCAAAAACAGACUCAUUGAAGUGAAUGUCUAAUUUUGUGCAAACGUUAACUUUGGUGCAG